AGGGCACAUAACGAACAUAAGGAAGUGGAAGGAAGAGGGUGAAGAAGUGACAUUAAUCGGAACUAAAUCCCGUUUGUCAAUGGCCGUGUUUCGCUGCAUAUUCGUAUAACAAUUUUUGGGCAACUAAGAGAAGACUAUGUGUUGGAUUUAUUUGUGAAGCAGUCACAAUUCCUUCGUUUCGUCAGUUAGUUAGUUAUUUAUUGUUGGUUGUUUUCGUUGAGGCAUAUCGCGACCCGCUUCAUUGUGCGGGUUUUGGGGAGGAGGUGGAGGAGGUUGUUACAGUUUUCAGAUAUUAGGGUAACACUUCUAUAGACAUGGCGCAUUGGUGAGGUUUUUUUUGGGGGUUCAGUGGAUAAUUUUGUAUGCAAAACGAAAGCAGUGAGUGUGGUGAAAUGGAAGAAAGUUUAAACCACCAGAAUGGAUCCCAAAUGGGGGGGCCCCAGAACAAUGCAAACAACAAACAGGGAGAGAAAAACAAUCCAAAACCUCAAUACUCCAUACCAGGAAUCCUCCACUUUAUUCAACAUGAGUGGGCCAGAUUUGAAUUAGAAAGAUCACAAUGGGAAGUUGAUAAAGCUGAACUGCAGGCAAGAAUUGCUUUCUUACAAGGUGAAAGAAAAGGUCAAGAGAACCUCAAGAAUGAUUUAGUGAGGAGGAUUAAAAUGCUGGAGUAUGCUUUGAAACAAGAACGAGCCAAGUUCCAUAAAUUGAAGUAUGGAGUAGAUUUGCAACAAGGUGACAUCAAACCACCUGUACUGGAUGAUCCUGCUUUAAAUGUUGACUCACAACUAGACAGUGAAGCUCCUUAUACUUCAGUUUCUAAUGCCAGUUGGAGGCAAGGAAGGCAAUUGCUUAGACAAUAUUUACAAGAAAUUGGUUAUACAGAUAGAAUUAUAGAUGUGCGAUCAACAAGAGUUAGAGCUUUAUUAGGGCUUAAUAAUAAUGCAGAACAAGAAGAAAAUUUAAAUGGAGGUUCAGUCAAUUGUAAUGAAUCCAAUAAACGUGCUAGUGAUACUCAAGAUACCAACACAGGUCGGAGGACUCCUGCAAAGAAACCACAACCAAGUGUAUUGGCUGAGUCCAUGAUGUUGGAUACAGAGGCAGCAGUCAUGGCCAACUUAGAUUUUCUUUCAAAUCCUGAUGUUGAUAUGGAGGAUGAAGAUGAUAUGAGUGAUGAAGUAGAUUUAGAAACACAAGAUGAAAUUGAUGAUGAUGUGAAAAGCGUGAAAAGAAAAGAUGAUGUUGAUGCGGAGGCAAUGGAAGUACUGAACGAAUUGAAUCUCUUAUCGGAAUCUGAAGACCAGAGGCAAGAUAUUAAUAAAAGCGAAUCUGGGGAUUGGAAUAAACCCUUUCAACCGACGGGACAACCGGGACGGCGGACCACAAUGGGCAUGAACGACGAUGAAAAUAUAGAUGCACCAUUAGGUUUGGGUUUAGGGGAAUUGGCACAGUUGACUGUUAAUAAUGAAGCUGAAAGUACCUACGAUAUGGCUAGUAGUAAGGAAUCAUUUAGAAAAGCGUGGAACGCUAAAUACACAUUAAGAAGUCACUUUGAUGGUGUAAGAUCCUUAGCUUUCCACCCCACCGAACCGGUGCUCAUUACGGCUAGUGAGGAUCAUACACUUAAAUUAUGGAAUCUUCAGAAAACGGUGCCAGCGAAAAAGUCUGCUUCCUUAGACGUUGAACCUUUAUAUACAUUCAGGUCACAUCAAGGACCAGUACUAUGUUUAGCUAUGUCUGCAAGUGGAGAGCAAUGCUUUUCCGGGGGGCUGGAUGGAUACAUUCAUUGUUGGAAUACACCUAGUUGCAAUAUUGAUCCUUACGACCUUUUCGAACCGGAAGUUUUGGAAAAAAAAUUGGAAGGCCAUACUGAUGCUGUAUGGGGACUCGCCAUGCAUCAUAAUCAAACACGCGAAUUAUUAUUGUCCUGCUCUGCGGAUGGCACUGUCAGGCUUUGGCAGCCCAAAACAGAUGUACGUAUGCAUGACGCAGAAACUGGUAAAAUGCUGUACAGUAACGAAUGCCUAAAUUGGUAUCAAUCGAAAGCUGAUGGUAUUCCGAGUAGUGUUGAUUUUUGUCGAGACGACCCUACUAAAAUGGUAGCUGCUUUCUCAAGCGCGAAUUGCGUUAUCUUUGAUAUUGAAACAAAUAAACCGGUUGUUGUAUUAGAAGGAGAAUCUAGCGCUGCGCCCAGGCUUAUAAAUCGCGUUGUGUGUCAUCCAACAAUUCCACUGACGGUGACUGCACAUGAAGAUAGGCAUAUUCGAUUUUGGGACAACAAUACUGGUAAAAUGGUGCAUUCGAUGGUUGCCCACUUGGACGCCGUCACAAGUUUGGCAGUGGAUCCAAAUGGACUUUAUUUACUCUCAGGUUCACAUGAUUGUUCAAUACGGUUGUGGCAUAUGGAUAACAAGACUUGCGUACAAGAGAUAACAGCUCAUCGCAAGAAGUUUGACGAAAGCAUCCUCGACGUAGCCUUCCAUCCGUCGAGGCCUUAUAUCGCCAGCGCCGGCGCUGAUGGUUUAGCUAAGGUCUUCGUUUAAAUUUCCCUUCUUUUUAUAAAUAUAUAUAUAUAUGAAAGAUAUAUCAUUUUAAAUUAAAACACAAAAUCGGAAAAAAAGGCAAAAACUAAAAAGAAAUACCACAGCAGACAGGACAAAUAUAUUCUCUACAGGUUUCUUUUAUACUUUUUGUUUUUUCUGUUUUUAGAUUUAGAUGUAAAUAUAAAAAAAAAUGCAAAUUAAAUUUCGAGCUAAUAUCUAGGUAACCAAACAUACACGACCGGAAUAACAUUUGUAUAUACAAUUAUGAUAUUAAUUGAACCAAAUUAAAUUCCACUUGAUUAAUUACUAUUAUUAUAAUUCUUCCGCGAGUCGAAAGGAAGGAACGUGAAUUUAUUAUGAUAAUUCUGUUGCAUUUUGUAUUACCGCUACGUGAAAUGUAAUCGCUACAUUUUGUACAUACAAAGUAUACAUUUUUAGUGAAUGGAACAUAGUUUGUAAGAAUCCUUGCGAUAAUAACAGAUAGAGCGAUGAGGAGCGAACAUGGAUUACAUUGAUAAUAAUAAUGAUGAAUACUGCAGGUCUAUUGAAGCGUUUCUUUUCUAUAGCGUUAAUUAAGGUAAAUGUAACGAUAUUUUAAUAAGGUAGAAGAUAAACAUGAUAAUGAAGGGAAAAUUCAUUUUUGGAUUUUUUUUUUAAUGAUAAUGUUGCUCCACCACAAUUUUGAUACUAACCCAGGAAACCUUUUACUUUCAUUAUAUAGAUAUACGAGAAAUGGCACUUAGAUAAUGACAAAUUGCAUGGAACACAGUUUUUAAGUUAUAUUUAUAUAAUAUAUAUUAUAUUUCGUUUCAAUUACCGGCGGAUGCGUUUAUUCAGAGAGAGAAAAACACGUUUAUGUUAUAAUCGCCGUUAGCAUUUCUUUUUAAAUUGAUAUUAUUAGAUUUACUUUUAUUUAAAACAAACAGCGUUUGCUAGAAGAAAGAUCACGAACGCUAUGUAUUUAAUGUAA